CUCCGAUCUGACCAACACUGGAAUUGGCGCCCAUUUUGGAACCAAGCGUCGCCUUUUUUGCAGAUCUAAAUUGUUGUUAUUGUUUUGUUGCAAUUGUGAAAAAAUAGUAAGCGCAAUGGAGAAAGGCAAUAGGAGCCCUCGAAAUACCAGCCCAAUGGAACAGACCUCGCUGGGCAUACUGAGCUUGGAUAAUCUCAAAGUGUUUGGCGACUUGUCCAGCUUCAGUAGGAGCGGGAACGGAAGCGGCAUGGGUCUCAGGGAAGCCUCCAAUGUGCACGAGCGACUGCGGGCAGAGCGCCUGCGAGCCAAGGAGACACUGGAAAAGCCGCGUCCGCGCUCCAGUCAGGCAAAGGGCAACAGCUCGAACAUCUCGGAGCUGGUCACCGAUGAAACGAUCGAUCUGAACAGCAGCGGCUCCUUUGCCAUGCCCACGCCAGCGCAGAAGGGCAGAAAUAUUUCGUUUGAGCCGGCCGAGAUCACCGGCCGCUCGACGCUCUGCCGCAGCGACAAGGGCAGGAAAGUGGUCUCGGUGUCCGACAUAAUAAAAACAUCGUUUGUGGAGAAGGCGCGUCUGCUGGAGAAGAAGCUGCACAAUGGCAGCCAGGCGAAUGCGGGCUGCAAUUGUUCGAACACCAAAUCCAAGUCGAAUGUGAAUGUGAAUGUGAGCAGCCUGACGGAGUCGGAGGUUUCGUUCAACUCGUCGCACAGCCUGCCGCGCACCGCUGAUUUGAGUAACUUGAGCUUGAACGGCGGCGGCGGCUUCUCCUUCGGCUCGGAAUCUGCGGCAGCUGGCCAGGACAUGGACGAGAGCUUCGCACCGGCCGAGCUGAUGCAAUCGAAGCUGGUGCAGGGCGAGAUAUCCUGGGCCCAAGAGUUCACGGCCAUGCCCACAGCAACGCUGAGCAAUCAGGCAAUGCAAAAGAUUGCCGCUCCCCCACCAGCAUCCGACAUCGAGACGUCCGUGUCCAACUCUGUUCUGGCCGGGGAUCCGGACUUCUCCUUGGGCUACUACUUCCAGACACGCUCGGAGAAUAUUUGGAACAUUGUGAGCAACGACAAUCCCGAGCGAAUGCUGGAGGAGAACCCUCCUGCCACUCCCACAUCCAACUCUCUCGUGGCAAACACGCCGCAGCCCGACAACAAGACCUACACCAAGGCAGAGGCCUCGAACAUGGGCUCCAAGUUGGGGCAGAAUCUCAUGAAGAAAAUGCAGAAUGCAAAGAAGAAAUUUCAUACUGCCAUCCAGCCCAAGGGCGGAGCCGGUGCGGAGACGGUGCGUCCGCCCUCGAGCUCCGAGAUACUGAGUCUCUCGGCCAUAGACAAGGCCUUGCGAGAUCUGGACUUUAAUUCGGACACCUCCACCGUGGAGGUGGUCGAGCGACUGCGCAAGCAUGGCCGUGGCCAGGGGCAGGGUCAGGGGCAGCAGCUGCACGCCGAUGAGAACAAGGAAAACGACAGCUCCAAUGCGGAGCGAACGCUGUGCGACUCGCACAAGCUAACGGACACCAUGAGCUUCACAGACUCCCUCCUAGACUCCACGGACUUUAAGCAUUUGCAGCAGAGCGUGUCGCGGAAGGCACUAAGUCCGCUGGCGGACAAACCCCAGAUCUUGGUUUCGUGUGCGGACAACGACUCUGUCUUGGCGGACGUGGAUGAGUGGCCAUCGUCGCCAAUGAAGUCACCCAGGCGUGUGCGUCGCGUCAAGACAUCGCCAGCUCCCCGAGCUGUGAGCCCAGCGAGCAGUGACGGCCUUCGCCGCCCCAAGACAUCCCCAGCUCCCCGAGCUUUGAGCCCAGCGACCAGUGACAGCCUGCGCCGCCCCAAGACAUCUCCUUCUGCCCGAGCUGUGAGUCCAGCGAGCAGUGACUGCGUGCGUCGCCCCAAGCCAUCUCCUUCUCCCCGAGCUGUGAGUCCAGCGAGCAGUGACGGCGUGCGUCGCCCCAAGACAUGUCCUUCGCCCAGAGCUGUGAGUCCAGCGAGCAGUGACGGCGUGCGGCCGCUGCCUACCACAGACGAAGACGGCGAUGAGGUGGAUGUGGACAAGACGCCAGUGAACAAGAAGCUGCACACUCACAGGGGCUCGCUCCGUCCGGCCAAUACCAAUGGCAGCCGCACCACAUUGAGCUCCACUCGCCUCGAUGGCUGCGACGCUGUUCCCUCGUCCACAGAGGGUGAGUUUGCCAUUUCGCCAAGUCUCGCCAAGAGUCCCUCACUCUCGGCAUCGGCCACAGCCCGAAAUCUUUCGCCAAUGUGCUCGCCGAGAAGCUGCCUGUCCUCGCCACUGCUGGACAGCACCACCAGCUCCGAGCGGCGACAACUGAUGCCUGGUGCGGCACUCCGCAAAACCAACUCCUCGCCGGCAGGCAGCGAGGCAAGCUGCACGAGUGGCUGCACAACAGCUAGACGCGGCGCGGCCAGCAGUGCCAGUGCUCGCAGCAUCUCGCGCUGCUCCAACUCCAGCGAGUUCAGCCAUCGCGAUGGAAAGCUGCUGCCAUUGAAGGUAACCCACACGAGCCUCUGCUGGGGCAGCACCAAGCUGCGCACGGACAUGCGAAAGUCCAUGCAGGUGAAGAAUACGGCGGACAAGCGGCUUGUCGUCCGCCUGGGCAUCCAGGGACCCGGCUUUCAGCUGGUCGGCAACGACAGCAGCACCAUCACCCUCCAGGCCAUGGAGUGCCGCAGCAUUGUGAUUAAUUUCUGCCCCACCAUGUGUGGAGCGGCCAUUGGAGCGGUGUCCUUCUAUGCCCCGGUGGGCGCACACAGCAGCCAGCCCGGCAUGGAGAUCCCCCUGUAUGGGUACGGCGGGAAUGCAGCCAUUUCCAUUCAGGGCCUGCUCAAGGGGCCGGUCGGCGCCAGCUUCCUCACCAUCGGAGACGUGUGCGAGCUCUCCUCCGGCCCGCUCACGGCCAGCUUCAAGUUCCUGAACAAGGGCCCGCUGACAGCCUUCGUGGGCAUCUCUGUGGACUCCACGGUGCUGAUGAAGCUGCGUCUGAGCGAGGCGUUCGAGGUGCGUCCCAGCAAGCUGAUUUUGCCGCCCAACACGGAGAGCACGGUGCAAGUAAUAUUCCGCCCGAAUCGUGAGGAUAUGAAGAACAUACUGAAGAAGACCGCGCAGGUCCUGACGCUGGCCAACAUGCGCAUCUUCUGCGGGGACGAGCCCAACAGGCAGAGGAUGCGUCACCUGGUGCAUCGCAUGAGCAGCAGGCAGCGGGAGAAGCUUACCUCCGCCAUGCUGGACAGCCUUUGGAGCCCCUUUCCGGACGAGCAGCCUGUGCGGAAUAUUUGCCAGCUGAACGAGCCGCCCGAGUUCAUCCUGGAUCUGGUGACUGUCGUGAAGAUCAUCGACGUGGCCUUGACCCUGAAUCGUGACUUUGAUGAGUCAGCCGAGACCUCGCUCCUGUUCCUGCCGGAGGCCGAGGAGACCGUCCUGUUCCGCACCAUCUGUGCCGCCAACUCUCCCACUCCCACACAAAGCAACAUGCUGGAGCCCGUCGAUGAGCUGGAGCACGAGGCGGAUACAACCACAAUGCUGCUGCCCGUGGAGCGAAACUGGUCCGUUCAGCCGGCUGCGAUUGAGCUCGGUGCUGGAACCAUUGCAAAACUGUCCGUGAAGAACUGCUUCCGCUCCGGCCAGCUCAUUGAAGUCCAUUGCAAUGUGUCGGACUUUGUGCAGAUCAGCCCCAGGGAGUGUUACAUUGCCCCCGAUGGCGGAGAAGUUGAGAUUAAAGUUCGCCUAUUGCGUUCGCCGAGGCGUGAGGGUCUCAAGAGGGAGCCGCUUAUUAUGGUUUCAAUGGAGAACGAGCGCAUAAACGUGCCAGUUAGUGUUAAGUUUUAGAAUUCACCGUUUUUUGUAUAUCUCCUAAUUGCAUUUGCCUUUCCCCUUAAUGUUCUAUUAAUGUUUAUUUGUUCGAAAAGAAAACUGAUUUGUGUUAGGCCCAUAUUUUGAAUAAAAGCUGUUUAGCUACGUUGUAAUAAAAA